GAGAGAGAGAGAGAGGAGGGGAAGAACUUUAGGGAAAACAGCCGCCCAGCUCCCAAAUGCUAUUUUUAAGAACUGUCUUGAACUUAACACAGACUGAACUGGAUUUUAAACAUAUUAGUUUGGACCGAACGCGAACAGGAUAUAAUGAGGUGACAGUUAAUUAUGUAUCCUUUAUGUUUCUCAUGAUCUGUUUGUGAUCACAAAAAUCUGUUGUUUGGUGAACUACUGAGCCAUGAGUGUCCCCAUUGCGUUUACUCUUCUCGUCCUGUGUGUGGUCAAAGUCCAGUGUGGUCAGGAGAAUUCUGCAUGUCCUCGGAAAGAAUCGUAUCCUGGUGUGCUGGCAUUAAACGUGGGGUCAGAGGUUAUCUUGAGCUGCAGUGGCGAUGUCACUGUGGAUAGCGUGCCAUUAGUAAUGGGAACAAAACACAAAGGGAGACUCAAAAGAAGAGGAGAUGUAACUAGCCACUGGAGACCCCAAAAAGCUAAAGAGAGUACUGAUACUCUUGAAAAACACUAUCCAGAAACUGAGAACUUUACCAAAACUAGUACUGCAACUAGAAGAGUUAAAGUCAGUGAAUCUGUAACCGAUGCUAAUCCAGUUAUAAGCUCAACAAAGGAGAACAUGGAGGGUGGGCAAGUUUUGCAGACUGUCAAUCAAUUCACUAACCCCAACAUUGUGGGCAGAGUAACAGAAGAAGGAGGGGCUUUUAGCAUAACCAUGGAAAUGGGGUUGAGCUCUGAGAGGAGCACCAGCACAGAAUAUGAAGAAGAUGAAGACUACGAUGAGAAUGUGGAGGGAGUGAGAGUGACCAGGUCCAUUAAGAGGCAGGCACAAUGGAGGUGGAAUGGUCAGCUCAUGCAAGACGGUGUGGAACAUGGCGGGGCUUUAAGGCUUCCUGCUCUUCGGUUGACUGACUCAGGGAACUACAGCUGCUAUAGGAGAGGCAAACUAGUUUCAUCAGUUAAAAUCAGUGUUGGCAUCUCUCCAGUGAGCUCUACCUUGUCAUGCCACAAGAAAUCCCACAUCAGCAAAAUCCGGUGUGAGUGGAUAUCAAGACAGCCCAUCAUACCACAUCCUCAGUGUUACCUGCUCCACUGGAAAGGAUUUGAGAAAAUCUCCCGUGUGAAUUGUUCAUACUCUGAUUCAUGUUCCUGCUGCUGGUGUGUAUUACCCAGUGAAGAAAAUGACAGAAAUGUAUAUACAGCUAAACUGUGUGUGACUAACACUGCAGGCAAUGCUACCAGCUCUCUAUACAACUAUAUUCCUCAAAACAUAAUUAAGCCUGAUCCUCCAGAAGACGUUAAAGUGAAGCCGGUCAAGGGUGAGCCUCACAUUCUGAAUGUCUCCUGGUCUUUACCUGCCACCUGGAUGUGGGAGUUGUACUACACCCUUCAAUUCCAGAUGAAAUAUCGUCCUCUACAUGCAAAACAGUACCAGCAGGUGGUCACAGAGAGUAGAGUCUGGUUGAUUUUGGAUGCUCUGCCCGACACUGACUACGAGAUUCAGAUUCAAGCAAAAGACGAGUACGAAGGGCAUUGGAGUGACUGGACCAGUCCUGUGCAUGCACGCACAUGGACAGCUCCUAAAACCACUGUUGCCCCUGAUAUCAGUACUCUGGGGCCGAUUUGGAUAUUCCCUGAAGGUUCGGGGGGAACAAAAGAUGACAUAGAUUUUAUACCUGCUGAUGACAGAGAUGGAGUAAUGUGGGUGUAUUUGCUGUGGGUGAUGGGAUUCUUUCUCCUUAUCACCAUCAUUAUGCUCACUGUUUACUCUCUCAGAUGGACAAUGCCAUUCCUGACUAAAAAUAACCAGGGGAGUGUAUCUUCAGCCCGCUCUUGUUAUUCUCCUUUUCCUCUCCUUCAGCAGCCCCUGAAAACUCUGAAAUGCAGCUAUAGGGAAAAGGAAGCUGAUGGCAUGUUGACUACUUUUUCUCCCUGUGAAUCUUAUAGGUCUUGAGCAAACAAGCUGUUACUUUGCCAAGGCCAGUAUUUCGGCACACACACACACACACACACACACACACACACACACACACACACACACACACACACACACACACACACACACACACUACUCCAUUGGGUGUUUUUUAUUUUUCAGAUAUUGGGUUAUGGCCUUCAUCUACCCAAUGUAAACAAUGUUAAGCUGUAAAUGCUGUUAUAGCUUUUGUUUAAAUUCAGAUUUAAGGCAGAGUUUAACCUAAAAAUGUGAAUCAGUCGCACUAAGCUAAACUUCAUUCAUUUUGUGAAGAACUGCUUGAUUGUUUUAAUUCAUAAAUCAAUUACAGUGUUUUUCAGUGUUUUUUUUUUUUUUUUAAUACAUACAGCAACAUUAAAUUACAAAACAGGAACCUGGUACCUCUUUACUGUAUAGAAUGUACUGAAGCAAACACUACAGAAAUGAAUAAAAAUGCUGCAUAUAUACUUCA